UAUACAUUCAUUUGACAGCAUGAAUAAUUUGUUGAUAACGGAUUUUGAAAGAAUCGCGAACUCGAAACUUGCGAGAUCAGAUCUUUCUAACCUCAAUUAACUAUUCGCAAAGGGACACAAAAGGAAAAUGUCCGCGCCGAACGGCGGUGUGCGCAAUCGGGAGAACGAGGACCUUCAAGAGAAGAAUUUUCUCCCUUUUCCCAAAAUUCAUGAAGGGAAGAUUCCCACUGAAGAAUUUCUGACGGCUUCUCGAGGUGUCGUACACAUGGUCGAUAAAUUUGGGAAAUUAUUUGCUCCUGUCAAGUAUGACAUGCAGGGAAAUAUUGAUAAACUCACGACAAAAUAUACACUGGAUCGUGAAAGUCACGAUACACUGCAAGACAUGAUUCUGUUAGAAAAGGCUGCUGGAGAAACUAUAAUAGCUACUGAUGCUUUACUAUGGUUGAGAAGAGGACUGCAUAUGAUUCUGUUAUUCUUUGAGAAGAUCAUAGAAGAUCAUAAAGCUGACAAGGCAACCGAAGAUUUGGUAGCAUUUCUUAAGAAAUCGUACAAAGAGGCUUUAGAACCAUAUCACGGUUGGAUGGCCCAGCAACUGUUUGGCUUGCUGUCUCGCUUGGUGCCUACACGAUCUCAGCUUCUCCUAGCUCUUGCUAAUGGACAUGGCAAUAAAGACGAUGAGAUUCUGUCCGAGAUCGAGAUCUUCCUUGUUGGAUUGAAAGAAAAUGUUAUGGUUUUACACUCAUUCUAUGAGCAGCACAAUCUUAAUAGCAUUGCCAUAGUAUAAUGUUUAAGCUUUAUAGGAAUAGUCAAUUAAAACUACAAGGUGCUUUAAUUUGUUGCCAUAUAAUUUUGUACAAAAGAUAUGUGAGAGUAUUCACUUAUACCAUGAAUGGCACUAUCUACUAAUGUUUAAUAGAAGUUGUUUGUGAUCUUACUGUUUUGGUUAGUAAAAAAAAAGUAAUAAUGAAACAAUUAUUACCUUAGCCAAAGUCUUUAAGAGUCAAUAAAUAUAUAUUUUACUAGUA